AUAACAAGAGUUUCUAAUCAAAUGUGAGGCUACAAUUUUGCUGCUGCUGCUACUAAAAUAUAUAUUUUUUGCCUAUGAUAAGGAGCAGCAGGAGCAAGUACUAGGAGGAGACGCCGGCAAGAUGUUUAGCCGCAAGUUGGAGCGGAUGCACCGCCCGCCAUCGGACAUUACCAAGUACGACAAUGAACCGUAUAUGAAGAAUCCGCUUUUAACCUUUCGCAUCUCCGAUGUGCACGAGCGACGCCAUUUUACAUUUCUAAAGCAGCGCGCUGCCGACUUGAAGGUGAAAUUGGCUAAGAAACAAUUGCCACCAGAUCCAGAAAUACGUCCACUGCCCCAAUCCCAUUAUGUGGACAAUUUGCGCCGUGAGGUGCGCAAAAUAAUUGUGCCGCGCAUGCUGCAAAAGACGGAGGCCAAAAUUCUGAGUUUCGCCUCGGAUCGACUGAAGAACAAAUAUCCAGAACUGGUGAAUGCCUAUAUGAAAGAGGUUCACGAAGAAUACGAUCGCCUAAUGAAGAUCUACAGCAUGAAGAACAUUCUGUUGCAUCCUGAGUUCUCCGAUGAGGAUCCGACCACGUUUGAAUUACCACGCGCCGAUUUCCAUUUCAAGCUACCCGGACGUUCGCCCAAUUAUAAGGUGUAUCUGGAGAAUCGUCGCAAGAUCUCACAGAAGCUGCUCAUCCUUCAGCUGCCCAUGCGUGUGGUGCUGAGUAUAUCGGUGCUGGAGCUGCCAGAGUUCGCCUGUAAUUUCAGCUACGUGAGCAGCAUGGGCGCCCAACAGCAGCAAAUGGGUUUGUGUGGCCGCGAGGCGUUGUCCUACAAGUUCUAUCGCAAGUACAUACAGAAUCAGCUGGACAAGGUAAACACAUUCCUGCGCUGGACGUGGUACACGCGUUUGGUUCUGGUGCUGAAGCGCAUGCUGCGUAAACGUGUCAUGCCCAUGAAUGUGUGGAAGCGUGCCUGGAACGGUCUCGAGGGUCUGAUGAAUCGCGAGGUGAACAACAUGAAGUUGCGCACCUUUGAAGAACUGUGCCGCGUUUGCAGCUCUCCACGCACCAUGCCCGUGUUCCGGCUGUCGCUCUGUUGGAGCGAUGCGGAGGACGGCUUGGAUAUGCGUCCCAAUAUCUACAAUAUUCAAGCCACCUUUGGUGAGAUUGUAACGGAAAUUUCAAUGGUGGGCUAUCGCAUGGAGGCGCUGCAACCGCAGGUGGAUACGUUGACCACAUAUACUCAGGUAAAUGAUUAUCUCAAGAUCGAAAUGAAUGAGAAUUAUGUCAAGGAUGUCAUACAUCGUGUGCAAGACAUCAUUGUGGCCACCUACUCACAACUUACGGACUACAUCGAAGGCUAUCGCGAGAAAUAUUUUGGUCUCUAUUCGAACGAGGAGCGCGAUGCUCUACUGCAAUUCCUUGAGGAACCCCACGAGUUCGAGGAGUACUUUGCUCGCAUCAACAAGUAUUAUGAGUAUAUCAAUAUGCUGUGCAGUGAACCGGCCACCGAUUACUUUGAGAUGGCCGUCGUGGACAAUGAGCCAGCCAUCCAAGGAUUGCGAAAUCUAGCCGAGAGUUUGAUUGCCGAUAUCACGGGUAUUAUCAUCAGUGUGCAUAUCAAGGCUGAGGAGGAGAUAUGCGCCGAAUUCGAAAAGAUCAAGGAUAAAGCAUUGCUCAUACCUAAGUCCACGGAGGAACUGCUCGAGAGUGCUGAGUAUAUGAUCUAUGUGAAGAAGGAUAAGCUGGCAGAGCUCACGGAUCGCAUUCAGUAUUGCCUGCAGGUGGGCACCAAUAUUGUGGAGCUCACCCAGAUGUCCAAAUAUCACUUUGAUUUGACCAUACGCACCAUCAACUGGAUCAAGGAUAUCAAUGACAUCUGUGACUAUAAUGCCUCGCAGCAGGAGCACUAUAAGUUCCUCUUCGAGGAGCAUCUGCAGGAGGUCGUUAAGAAGCUCAAUACAGACAUACAAGAGAUGCUACCCAAGCUAGGGGUCAUUGAUGACAUGAGCAGACCAGAAAAGUUUCGGGAAUCGUAUAUUAUACUGCAGAACUUUAUUGAUCAAUUGAAGACUUUUGAUGAUUAUGUGGCGUGGAUCAACAAGGAGGAGAAACUGUUCAAGGUUAAUCAAACGGAGUAUCCAACGCUGCAAAUCAUCAAGGGAUUUGUGUAUCCCUUUGCUGAGCUCAUGAAACUUUGCAUUGAAUGGCAGCGCUAUUUGAGCGUUUGGACUGACGGACCUUUUGAGUAUCUGGAGCCCAAAUUUGUGGAGACCACAACUGAUGAUUAUCUCAAGGAAUUCCAAAAGAAUCAAAAGUAUUAUCGCAUUAAGAUCAAACAGGACAUGGUCGAGGAUCCAGUCUGCAAAUUUAAGGGACAAACUGAAGAUCCCGAUCCGGAGAAGCAUCCGGUGCCGUUGCGCUUGUGCGCUUCCAUGAUCAAGUCCAUCAAAGAUUUUACCAUUGGCGUCUUCAUAGUUAAUACUUUGUGCAAUCCCGCUUUACGCAAACGCCAUUGGAAGGAAAUGUCUGAGAUAGCUGGGUUCGACAUUACGCCAGAUGCUGGCACAACGCUGCGUAAGAUACUGAACUCUGGCCUGGACAAUGUGCUCGAUCAGUUUGAGAUUAUCAGCAUUAGCGCUAACAAGGAGCUGCAGCUGUGGAACAAUCUCCAGAUCAUGAUCAAGGAGUGGGAGAACAAAACCUUUCCCACCGGACCAUACAAGGAAACAGGCGUCACCAUACUCUCGAGUCUGGACGACAUACAGGCGCUGCUGGACGAUCACAUACUCAAAACGCUGGCCAUGCGUGGUUCGGCCUUUAUGAAGCCCUGCGAGGAGGAAGUGCGCGCCUGGUAUGAGAAGAUUAUGCGUGUCAACGAGACGUUGGAUCAGUGGGGCAAGGUGCAGGUGAACUACCUAUAUCUGCUCCCCAUCUUCUCCUCCAAGGAUAUUGUGGCCCAAAUGCCCGAGGAGGGCAGACUCUUUACUAUUGUGGAGCAGACGUAUACGAGAAAUAUGGGUUUAGUGCUACGCAAUCCGCUUGUCAUGGAAACUGCGCCUGUUUCGGGGUUGCUUGAGGCGCUGCAGAAGGCAAACGAGCUGCUGGAGGACAUAUCAACAGGUGUGAGCAACUAUCUGGAGAAGAAGCGUCUCUACUUUCCGCGUUUCUUCUUUCUGGCCAACGAUGAAAUGCUGGAGAUACUCUCGGAGACAAAAGAUCCACUGCGUGUGCAACCACAUCUAAGCAAAUGCUUUGAAGGCAUCAACAUACUCGAAUUUGAUGCAGGCAAAAAUGUGCUGGCCAUGAUUAGCAGCGACAAGGAGCAUAUAAAGUUUCUCGAACAGAUUUCGACGGUGGCUGCCGGUGGCAGCGUUGAGAAAUGGUUGGUUGGCGUCGAGGAGGAGAUGCUGAAAGCAGUGCGCAACGAGAGCGAACUCUCCUACGGACACUAUCCGACAGUCAAGCGCAACGAGUGGGUGUUGGAGUGGCCUCAGAUGGUUGUGCUGGCCGUCUCGCAGGUCUAUUGGGCGUCUCGCAUGCACAGCUGUUUGCGUCGCAGCUACGGCGGCAAUCAGACGGUGAUGAAUCACUUUUUCGGUGAACUGACUAAGGAACUUAAUGAUAUUGUGACACUUGUGAGAUCGCCAGUGAUAAGUAACCUGAAUAGAAUCACCAUUAAAUCGCUGAUUGUCAUCGAUGUGCAUGCCAAGGAUGUCACCGAGGAGUUAAUACGUCUCAAAAUUAGCAGCGAAUUCGAUUUCCAAUGGCUCGCGCAGAUGCGUUACUACUGGGAGGAUUCUACGAUGCUGGUGCGGAUCAUUAACGCCACAGUUCCCUUUGCCAACGAAUAUUUGGGUAACUCAGAUCGUCUGGUCAUCACACCGCUCACCGAUCGUUGCUAUCGCACUUUGGUUGGCGCAUAUCAGCUGCAUUUGAAUGGUGCACCCGAAGGACCUGCGGGCACGGGCAAAACAGAGACCACUAAGGAUUUGGCCAAGGCUUUGGCAGUGCAGUGCAAAGUGUUCAAUUGCAGCGACGGUCUCGAUUACAAGGCCAUGGGCAAGUUUUUCAAGGGACUUGCAUCGUGUGGCGCCUGGGCGUGCUUCGAUGAGUUCAAUCGCAUUGAGUUGGAGGUGCUUUCGGUGGUCGCUCAACAGAUUCUACUGAUCAUUCAAGCGGUACGUGCCAAUGUGGCCAAGUUUAUGUUUGAGGGCACCGAACUAGUGCUGAAUCCCGCCUGCUAUGUUUGCAUCACAAUGAACCCCGGCUAUGCGGGUCGGUCCGAGUUGCCCGAUAAUCUGAAAGUGUUGUUCCGUUCCGUGGCCAUGAUGGUGCCAGAUUAUGCCAUGAUUGGUGAGAUCUCUCUGUACUCCUAUGGCUUUGUGGAUGCUCGCAAGCUGGCCGUCAAAAUUGUGACCACUUAUCGUCUGUGCUCGGAACAGUUGUCCAGUCAGAAUCACUACGAUUAUGGCAUGCGAGCGGUGAAGACGGUGCUCUCGGCUUGUGGCAACAUUAAGAAGCAGUAUCCGGAUGAGGUUGAGGACAUCUUGUUGUUGCGCAGCUUGAUCGAUGUCAAUUUACCCAAGUUCUUGUCGUUUGAUGUGCCACUCUUCGAGGGCAUCAUCUCGGACAUUUUCCCAGGCAUCAAGUUGCCGGACAUUGAUUACACGCUCAUGGAGAAGGAAUUCAAACGUGUCUGUCAGGAGGAGAUUCUCGAGCCUGCGCCCAGUUUUCUGGUGAAAGUCAUCCAAACAUUUGAGAUGAUUAUUGUGCGUCAUGGCUUCAUGUUGGUGGGGGAACCACUUUCUGGCAAGUCCAAGACGUUGCAGGUGCUGGCCAAGAUACUUUCGGCUCUAAAGAUCAAAGCUCCUGCGAUGAGUCCAUAUUUUCAGCAUGUACAAAUGGGCAUUAUGAAUCCCAAGUCGAUUACCAUGAAUCAGUUGUAUGGCUCCUUUGAUCCUAUAUCUUAUGAAUGGACAGAUGGUUUGGUGGCGCGCAUAUUUCGAGAUUUCGCCAUGACGCCAACGCCAGACAGAAAAUGGGUCAUAUUUGAUGGUCCUGUGGACGCAGUGUGGAUUGAGAAUAUGAACACUGUGCUGGAUGAUAAUAAGAAGUUGUGUCUGACCAGCGGCGAGGUGAUUACCAUGUCCAACGAGAUGUCCAUGGUGUUUGAGGUCAUGGAUCUGGCGCAAGCUUCACCUGCUACAGUGUCACGCUGUGGCAUGAUCUACAUGGAGCCUGCCACUUUAGGUUGGCGUUCAUUUGCCAACACCUGGCUGAAGAAAGCUGAUCCACGCUGGGCGGAUGCGGAUAAUGUGAAAUAUAUGCUCACCAUGCUCAGUUGGCUGCUGGUGCCGUGUCAAACUUUCGUGCGUCGCCAUUGCACGCAAUUCAUACGCCCGGGGGAAUUCAAUUGCAUGCUGACCACAUUUGAUCUGAUCGACAUGCUGCUGGACGAAGCCAUCGAGGAGAAUCCCGAGGAUUAUGAGAAGUAUAUUGUGGGCCACAUACAGGCAGCCAUGCUGUUCGCCUUGUCCUGGGGCGUCGGCGGCGUGCUCAACACAGAAUCCCGAGAGAAAUUCGACGCUUUUCUUAAGAGCAUAUAUGAGAAUGAAGCAGAGACGCCGCCAUCGCUGGGCAAGAUGGAGGUGACGCCGCCUCUCGAGGGACAGAUUGUAGAUUAUAUGUUUGUCUUUAAGCAGCGCGGCAAUUGGCGUUAUUGGCCGGAGCUGGCCAAGCGCAUGGAUGUGGAGGAGACCAAAACGGGCGUGAUUGUGCCCACUGUGGACACGGCACGCUAUAUUCAUCUGCUGCAGAUGCACGUGAAGCACAAGAAACGUAUGCUGCUAGUCGGACCCACAGGUACAGGGAAGAGCGUUUACAUACAGAACUAUUUGAUGAACAAAUUAAAUCCGGAUGAGUACGAAACCGGCUUCAUUACGUUCACUGUGAUGAUAUCUGCUAAUAAUACACAAGAGCAGAUCAUCGCCAAACUGCAGAAGUGGAAGCGUGGCAUCUAUGGUCCUCCUAAAGGUAUGCAGAGCAUACUCUUUGUGGAUGACAUGAAUAUGCCGGUUAAGGAAGUGUACGGAGCUCAACCGCCGCUGGAACUGUUGCGUCAGUACUUUGACUACGGGCAUGUGUACGAUCUGAAGGAUAGUUCCAAGAUCUGGAUCAAUAAUGUGCUUAUAAUGUGUGCUUGUGGUCUGCCUGGUGGUAGUCGUCAGGAUGUCUAUGCGCGCUUCCUCAAUCACUUCCAUGUCUACUCGAUCAACACUUUCAGUGAUGACACUAUGUAUCGCAUCUUUCUCAAUGUCUCGCUAAACGGUUUUCGUCGCUCGGGACAUGGACAAGAUGUGUUUGUGGUGACCAAUCAAAUUGUGGCUGCGACACAAAGCAUUUACAAGAGCGUGCAGUCCGAGGUACGUGCCACACCCGCCAAAUCGCAUUACAUCUUCAAUUUGCGGGACAUGGCUCGCGUUGUCACUGGUUGCACGUUGGUGCGCAAGGAGUCGGUGACUGAUAAGAAGAUGUUGGUGCGUGUCUGGUAUCAUGAGGCCAUGCGCGUCUUCUAUGAUCGCCUUGUGGAUGAUAUCGAUCGCAAAUGGAUGUUCGAGAAGCUCAACGAAUGCCUUAAGACCAAUUUCAAGGAUAAAGUGGAGACUGUUUUUGAGAAGUAUUGCACGGGCGACGAUGCUGUUUUUACCAUGGAGGCCGCUAACAGUAUCUUCUUUGGCAUGUACUUUGACGAGGACAGCGAACCGGACGAGCGACGCUACGAGGAGGUGCCCAACAUGGAGGUGUUCCACAAGCUGGCCGUGACGAGUUUGGAGGAUUACAAUUCGACUCGUCGCUCUAAAAUGGACAUUACCCUCUUCACCUUUGCAAUGCUGCACUUGAAUCGCAUCUGUCGCAUCAUCUCGAUACAAGGAGCCAGCGCAUUGCUGAUUGGUUUGGGCGGCUCAGGGCGACAAUCUCUCACAAAACUGGCCACCAAUAUGGUGCAGACAUCGUUUUUUCAGCCAGAGAUUACGAAAAGCUAUGGUGCCAAUGAAUGGCAUGACGAUAUCAAAGCCAUACUCAAGGAAGCUGGCGGCAUGAACAAACACACCACAUUCCUCAUAACCGAGAAUCAAAUCAAAAUGGAAUUGUUUCUGCAGGACAUUGACUGUCUGCUGAACCAAGGCGAGGUGCCGAACAUCUUUCCCAUUGACGAGAAGCAGGAAGUGCUCGAGAUGGUGCGUCUCGCUGCGCAGGGCGGAAAUCGCAACAUUGAUGUCUCACCGCUGCAAGUCUUCUCGUUCUUUGUGAAUCGUUGCAAGCAAAAGCUGCACAUUGUGCUCAGUUUCUCGCCGAUUGGCGAUGCCUUGCGUACUCGAGUGCGCUUGUAUCCCUCGCUGGUAAAUUGCUGCACCAUCGAUUGGUACGACAGCUGGCCGGAGGAGGCGCUGCAAAUGAUUGCCAAGAUGUCGCUGGUGGAUGUGAAUGUGCCCUCCGAGGAGAUCAAAAUGGCCAUCAUGGAUACUUGCCAGUAUUUCCACACAACAGCUGCCAAGGUGACUCGGGCUUUCUGCCAAAUGUCAGGACGUCACAUCUACCAGACGAAUGCCUCGUUCAUUGAGCUGAUUCGUUCGUUUCAGACGCUCAUCGAGCGCAAGCAAAAAGAAACAAUGCAGGCCAAAAUGCGGUACAUUGGUGGUCUGGAUACUUUGGCCGCUGCCGCAGCUGCCAUUUCCAUUAUGCAACGUGAUUUAAAUGCAUUGCAACCCAAGUUGGUUGCCUUGGCGGAAGCAUCACGCAAAAUGAUGCUGGAGAUUAGCAAGGAAACGCUCGCUGCCAAUGCUGCCGCUGAGCAGGUGAAACGCGAUGAGGAGGUGGCCUCGGUGCAGGCCGAGGCAGCGCAGGUGCUCAAGGGCGAGUGUGAAAAGGAUCUGGCCAAAGCGAUACCGGUGCUGGAGGAUGCGCUGGCCGCGCUUAACACACUGAAACCAGCGGACAUUACGCUCGUGAAGUCCAUGAAAAAUCCCCCGCCUGUGAUCAAGUUAGUCAUGGCAGCGGUGUGUGUCAUGAAGGGUUUGCCACCGGAGCGCAUACCUGAUCCCGCUUCGGGUAAGAUGGUCAACGAUUAUUGGGGUCCCAGUAAGCGUAUUCUGGGUGACAUGAAUUUCCUGCCCUCGUUGCGUGAGUUCGACAAGGACAAUAUACCGGUGGAGACGAUCAAACGCAUACGCAAAGAGUUUAUACCCAACAAGGACUUUGAUCCCAAGGUGGUGGCGAAGGCGUCGAGCGCUGCGAAGGGUCUGUGCCAAUGGAUCAUUGCCAUGGACAUGUACGAUGAUGUGGCCAAAGUGGUUGCGCCCAAAAAGGCAAAACUGGCAGCUGCCGAAAAGGAGUUCGCUGAUACAAUGGCAUUUCUGGCGGAGAAGCGCGCCAUGGCUGCGGCGUUGGAAGAGAAGGUUGCGCUGCUCAACAUUGAACUGGACAAGGCCAACGAGGAGAUGAAACGCACCGAGCAGCAUGCUGAGAAUUGUCGCAACAAGUUGCUGCGCGCUGAGGCUUUAAUUGGUGGUUUGGGUGGCGAAAAGUCGCGCUGGAACAAAGCAGCCGAUGAUCUGCAGGAUUUGUAUGAUCAUUUGCCCGGCGAUGUGCUCAUCUCUUGCGGCAUCAUUGCCUAUCUCUCGGCUGUUAAUCUACAAUAUCGCUAUAAUUGUGUUAGCGAUUGGUUCAAGAAGUGCAACGAACUGCAGAUUCCCUGCUCCAGCAAAUAUUCCAUCACUGCGGUGCUUGGUCUCGAUGUCACCAUACAAAACUGGCAGCUGGAUGGACUGCCCAACGAUGAGUUCUCCAGCGAAAAUGCCAUCAUUUCGGCCAAUUCCAGUCGCUACAGUUUGUUCAUUGAUCCACAAGGCCAGGCCAACAAUUGGCUCAAGAAUAUGGAGCGCAAGAAUCGCUUGAACUGCGUCAAGUUCAAUCAGAGCAACUACAUGAAGAUCAUUGCCGAUGCUCUGGAAUACGGUUCCCCGGUGAUUAUUGAGAAUGUGCAGGAGGAGCUAGAGGUGCCACUGGACCCGAUACUUAUGCGGCAGACCUUUUUGCAGGGCGGCAUCAAGCACAUCAGUCUCGGGGAGAAUGUUGUGCCAGUGUCGCCCAAUUUCCGUCUCUAUAUGACGUGCAAUUUACGUAAUCCUCACUUUCUGCCCGAGACAUUCAACAAGGUGACGGUGAUUAACUUUGCACUCACACAGAACGCACUGAUGGAUCAGCUGCUAAGCAUUGUGGUAGCCAAAGAGCGUCCCGAUCUGCAGGAAUUGCGCAUCAUGCUCACCUCGGAGGCAGCGGCUAACAAAGGCGCCUUGCUCGAUGCCGAGAACAUGAUACUGAAGACUUUAACCUCCAGCGAGGGUGAUAUACUGGAGAACGAGGCAGCUAUCUUGAUUUUGGCUGACUCGAAGACGCUCUCCAAAGAUAUUACAGAGAAACAGGAGGCAGCCAAAGAAACUUCGGCUAAAAUUGAGGCAUUCCGCCUCAACUACAAACCAGUUGCAGUGCAUUCCUCGAUACUCUAUUACUCGAUCACGGAUCUGCCCAACAUUGAUCCCAUGUAUCAAUUCUCGCUGAAUUGGUACAUCAAUCUCUAUAUGUACUCCAUUGAGACGGCCAACAAGUCAAAGGAUUUGCCGCGUCGCAUCAAAUUCCUGGUUGAUGGCUUCACUAAAAAUCUGUAUAACAACGUUUGUCGGUCCAUCUUCGAGAAGGAUAAACUGCUCUUCUCCUUUAUACUGACGGCACGCAUUCUACUCGGCACUGGGCAAGUGGAGAUGCGUCAUCUGUCGCAUUUACUGACCAACGCCAAGGAGUCAAGCAAUUUGCCACCCAAUCCAGAUCCCAGCUGGAUUACGGACAUAGUCUGGUUGAAUGUGCUGCGUCUGGAGGAACUGAAAGAACUCAACGGCAUUGUCAGCUCAUUUCGUAGCAAUCUCUCCGCUUGGCAGGCCAUCUAUGAUCACGCCUCGCCAGAGCUGCAACCACUGCCAGCUCCGUGGCACGACAAGACCACCGCCUUUGAGAAGAUUAUUGUGCUGAAAGCUUUACGUCCGGAUUCUGUCUUCCUGGGCGUGCGCAACUUUAUUGCCCAAACCAUUGGGGAGCAGUAUGUUUCACCGCCCGAGUUCGAUAUCUCCAAAUCGUACGCUGAUUCUACAGCCCUCACACCGCUCGUCUUUAUUCUGUCGCCUGGCGCUGAUCCGCUGGGCUCGCUGUUGGUGUUUGCCGAGAAGAUGGGACAAGAGGAAUCAUUCCAGAGCAUCUCGCUGGGUCAGGGACAAGGUCCCAUUGCGACGGCGCUGAUCAAGAAUGCCCAGGAGAUGGGCUAUUGGGUGUGCCUGCAGAACUGUCACUUGGCCGCCUCCUGGAUGUCCACUCUGGAGUAUCUCUGGGAGAACAUGGAUACAUUCAAUACACAAGCCAAUUUCCGCAUUUGGCUUACAGCGUAUCCCACGCCACAGUUUCCUGUGACAAUCCUCCAGAAUGGCGUCAAAAUGACGAAUGAACCGCCGACGGGUCUGCGCGAGAAUUUAAUGCGUUCCUACAACUCUGAGCCUAUCAAUGAACCUGAAUUCUAUUUGGGUUGCGCCAAGCAGGAUCGUGCUUUUACCCGGCUGCUGUUCGGUAUCUGUUUCUUCCAUGCCGUCGUGCAGGAACGACGCAAGUACGGACCAUUGGGAUGGAAUAUACCAUACGGGUUCAAUGAGUCCGAUUUGCAAAUCUCUGUGCUGCAGCUAAGUAUGCUCCUCAAUCAAUACGAACAUGUGCCUUACGAUGCCAUUUCGUAUUUGACUAGCGAAUGCAAUUACGGCGGACGUGUCACGGAUAAUUGGGAUAGACGUGCAAUUGUCACCAUACUUGCGGACUUUUGCAAUGCCGGCGUGGUGUCUGAUCUGCGAUAUCGUUUCGCCAACGAUGAUCGCUAUAUAUUGCCACGCAAGACGGAGCAUCGCGAGAUCCUGCGUUAUCUGGACGAAAGCAUGCCAUCGCUGGCACCGCCCGAGGUCUAUGGUUUGCAUGCGAAUUCCGGCAUUACGCGUGAUUUGCAGACAACGAAAACAUUGUUGGAUUCAAUGAUAUUGCUUCUGGGCAGCGAGGCCGCUGGUCAAGCUGGCGGCGGCGUCAGUCCCGAGCAAAUGGUGCUGGAUACCAUUAAACAGAUCGAAACCGAAAUGCCCCCGGACAUGGAUAUCGAGGGUGCGGCUGAGAAAUAUCCUGUGGACUACAACGAAUCGAUGAACACGGUGGUUGUGCAGGAAAUGGAACGUUUCCUCAAGCUGCAAAAGGAAAUUCGUGCCUCGUGUCGUGACCUAGCCAUGGGCAUCAAGGGUAUCAUAGUGAUGACACCGGAUCUGGAGAACGUGAUGGUUGCCAUGAAAUACAAUCGCAUACCACUCAAGUGGAUGGGCAAAUCGUAUCCGUGCCUCAAACCGUUGGGCUCCUAUGUGCAGGAUUUGUACAAGCGUCUCAAUUGGUUGCAUCAAUGGCAUCGCGUUGGCAAGCCACCCACUUUCUGGCUCUCGGGUUUCUUCUUCACCCAAGCGUUUCUCACCGGUGCCAUGCAGAAUUAUGCCCGUAAAUACAAGAUACCCAUUGAUACGCUCACCUUUGACUACGAUGUGCUAAAGGUGGAAACUAAGACGUCGCCGCCAGACGAUGGCGUCUUCUGCAAUGGACUGUUUCUGGAGGGCGCCCGUUGGCACUGGGAACAAAAUAUGCUUGUCGAGCAGUUGCCCAAGAUUUUAAUGUACACCAUGCCGGCCAUUUAUUUCCGUCCCGUUACACUAAGUGAGCUUACAGAGGGCUCACGUUACCGCUGUCCACUUUACAAGACCGCCGAGCGUCGCGGCACACUUUCGACAACUGGACACUCUACCAAUUAUGUGGUUCCAUUGCUGCUCAACACACAGGUUAAGGCAUCGCAUUGGGUUAAGCGCAGCGUUGCUCUCAUUUGCCAGACGAAUGACUAGAGAGUGAAUGGAAUGAACUCCCAAGGAGAGAGACACGACUUGUAGCUGUAGAUGUAUCUGUUCCUUAAUGCGUGUCUGUUUGUUAACAUAAGACAUUCUUCAAAAUUAGCAUAUAAGCACGCUUAUUUAUGUAUUCACAGCUUCCGAGACGCUUUGUAAUUAAAAAGACAUGUGAAGCUCACACGAAUUGAGCUCGUUAAAUCAGACUGCAAAAUUUGGAUUUUGAAUUUCGAGCUUUGGUUUCUUUUUCGGCAAACAUUAUUGGUGAUGCAUUUUUGUAAUGUAUUUAAAUUAUUUUAAGCAGGCUUUGUGAAAGUGCCACUGACAUAAGAACUUUCUAAAAAGGUCUAUGCAAGAUAAUAUAAAAAAGAUUUGGCAACCACCUGCGUCUGAUGCAUCUUCUCCCUUGACAAUUAGUUGCCUAAGCAUAUUCUAUACGAUCCCAUCAGAAAUCGCUGCAUUUUGAACAGUAUGAUUUAAAUCUGCAGCACAUUAAAUGAAAGUAGACGCAAUUAUACAACUGAA